AUGGAUCAGGAUCCUAAUCCGCACGUCGUCCAGGACACGGAUAUGUCCAUGUGGGAUGACCCCUCUUUCUCCAACCUCUAUGACAACCUAGGCACCGCCGCCGAGUCGCCCUUCGAUGGCGCUCGCCUGUUCGACAUGUCGGCCGCGACUGUGCAAGCCGACAGCCCUAGCUAUCACAUCAAGACCGACGAUGGUCAGCACGCACAUUCCCACCAACAAUACAAUUCGCGAUCGCUCGUCUCGUCGCGCUCAGCCGAAAGCUCAUCGCAAGACUCGUCUUCAGAGACGAGUGGCAGGAAGCGCAAGAACACUUCGGCCACUUCCGAGUCUCCACCAGGAAACUUUGAGGCUAUCAAGCUCGAACAACAACAGCAGCCCAUGAUGCAGCACGCCGGCAGCACCACUAACAUGGCCUCAUUACACUCUCUUCACAAUCUCUCACUAGAGCAGGACUUUGCCAACCAUUUUGGUAGCGCUGCAAGUAGUCCUGGUGGCCAACCUAUGGACUUGGUUGACCGCACAUACUCCCAUCACAUGCACAUCAAACCCGAACCACCGGCUGGAACCCUCGAGCCGUCCAAUUUCUUCUUCGGCUCAAGCACAGCAUCGCCCGCUUCGGUCAAAGCAACACAAACCCAAGAAGCUUCACCCAGCGCCAUGUUCAACAACCCUACACCCUCCUCGGAUGGAAACGACAUGUUCAACGCAAACCAGAUAUGGAACAACCCGACACAAAAUCAGAACCCUGCGUGGAAUAAUGACUACGCCCAUGCUUUUGCGUCGCCCGGCGCUCUGGCUAUGACGCCUUCUCCUGUCAUGAACGCUCCCAAACCAGAACUAAACAAGGCUUCUACCGCCCAAGGCGAUCGCAUUCCUCUGCACGUUGCGCCCAUCCCAGCAAAAUCUCGAGUCGAGACACAAAUCAACAUUCGCUUGACCAUGGACUACCUGCCGCCGCGCGUCAAGAUGCUGCAUUUGCCUACCCACACCAUUGCAAAAGCCAAACUGCUGGCCAAGGAAGUCCAUCUGGCUGAAGACACGCUCGAGUUACACACCAUGCUCGUAUGUACCAGUGCAAUGAACCAACCCCACUUGCGUGAGAAGGCCAUGAAGCAAGCCGCUCUGCAGGACAAUGCACAAAUCCAAGCACGAGGCCAAAAUGCCGGCAAGAAGGCAGGCGAAGAGGAAGUGGACGAGAACGACAAACCGGCCAACGGCGGAGAAGUGCGAAUCUGCAGCAAUUGCAUCAACCGUGAGCGUAAGAGAGCUGCCCGUAAGAAGCUAAAGAAGGAGGAAGAGCAAGCACACUGGGAGAAGUAUGAGACAGAGCGCGUCAUUGUCUUCAACACCAACGAGUACAAGCCAUGGCAAGACUGGCAGCAGUCGCCAGCGCCCAAGGACAACAGCGUUACAGCCUCUGAUUAUUUCCGCCCGCCAGAGACGGCAAUGCAGGUCGUGGCUCCUAUGCGCAUUGCUUGUUAUUGCCGCCAUCAGAACGAGAAGGACGGAUUCCAGGUCAUCUUUACCAUCAAGGACUACCAAGGCAAUGUUGUGGCCCAAGACAUCUCUGACUCGAUCCUUAUCACCGAUGACCACAAGACGCACCCUAUGUCAAGCGUGCCGGGCCAGGUAUGGUACGACGGCCAAUUCCCAGCCCAGGCCCCUUUCACAUCGCACUCGAUGGUCGACCUGCACUCCCACAUGCCUGCAAUGUCUGUCUCAAAAUCGACAGGAAACUUGCAGAGUCUUGGUUACGGAGCGCAACAGUUCCACCAGCCUAAUAACAUGCACAUGCAAAACUUUCCUCCGUCACAAGCCACUACUCCUGGAACAAUGACACCGCGCAAUUUGUCCCGUCCUGGUUCGCCCAACAGCGCAGGCCAAGCAGGUCCCAGCAAGAAGCGUAAAUCGUCAUCUGCUCACCGAAGAGUCCCGAGCACGCUUACCAUGACCAAGAUGGAGUCAAAUCAGCAAAUGGCUCAACCUACUGCUCAAACCCCCUUCUCACCCACAAAUGCUGGCUUUGUUGGCAGCAAUAAUGAUCCGACUUACAUUACCAUGCCGCACUCAGCCUCGCGCAGCCAUUUCCACACAGGGCCAUCGACCCCUAUAGAAACAACCACAUUCCCGUUCUCUGCUCUCAAUAGAACAAACAGUAUGGACGGCGCUGCAUAUCAAGCCUUCUACUCUGCUCCAAGCUCUGCCCACCAGAGCCGAGCGCCGAGUCCAGUGUUGGUUGGACCAAAUCUGGCUGCCUUCCAAAGGCAGCAAGCGCACGGUGGAGCAAAUGCUAUGCCAAAUCGUCAGAACCCAUUCGCCAUGUCAAAUUCAUCUAUGCCUGGCGGGAUGAGCGAGCCGGAUCGCCCUGGUCCCAUUAUCAACAAGGUGACACCCUCCGAAGGCCCGCCAUCUGGUGGUAUAGAGGUUUCGGUGUACGGCAGUGGAUUCACGCCUGGCAUGGAAGUCAUGUUCGGCGACCAGGUUGCUACGGCUACCACUUUCUGGGGCGAGAAAGCUUUAUGCUGUGUUCUGCCCCCAGGACAAAACGGAAUUGUCCCUGUGGCGAUCGCACCAUCACCCAUGCGACAGUACUCAGCGCCACCACCGGGCCAGACACAAGUCUUCAACUAUGUAGGAAAGACUUCAGAGAUGCAAAUGAUGGAGAUGGCUCUUCGCUUCUACAGUCAGAAAGAGACAGGUCGUGCUGAUCAAUGGCAAGCGCUAGCACAAGGUGCUGCCAAUGCCUGGAUGUCGCAAGGUUCUGCUGCUACAGGUCUUCAGACGGCACAAGGAGCACCUUUCGAAGGUUCUAUCGCAGACAUGCGAUAUGCGUAG